CCCAACCACUAGCGGGGACGUAGAGGCGUCCCGAGGGAGCGUGCCUGCAUUUCCUGCCCGCCCACUACCAGCUCGGGUCACUUCCGGUCCUUUCUGUUUAUCGGUCCGACAGGAAAGCGGUCGUUGCAGUUAGCGCGAGUCUUCAGUUCCCGUCAAGGUCGGCCUCGCUUGAGGCCUACAAGUGACGUGAGCCGGGGCCGCGCCCUCCCUCGCAACAUGGUGAGUUUGUCUGUCCCUUCUAGGACGGCCUUAGCAAGAUUUCGCCAAGCUCAGUUGGAAGAGGGAAAAGUGAAGAUCAUUGGUGAAAUCUCAAAAAAAAUAACUUUUUCUUUUCUAGCUGGCUUAGGUGAAUUCCGGAUUCGUGACCUAAAUGAUGAGAUUAACAAGCUGCUCAGAGAGAAAGGACACUGGGAAGUCCGGAUAAAGGAGCUGGGCGGACCUGACUAUGGAAAAGUUGGCCCUCGAAUGCUGGAUCAUGAAGGGAGGGAAGUCCCAGGAAAUCGAGGCUACAAAUACUUCGGGGCAGCGAAAGAUUUACCUGGUGUUAGAGAACUAUUUGAAAAAGAACCUCUUCCUCCGCCAAGAAAGACAAGAGCUGAGCUUAUGAAGGCGAUUGAUUUUGAGUACUAUGGUUACCUCGAUGAAGACGAUGGUGUAAUUGUGCCUUUGGAACAGGAUCAUGAGAAGAAAGUUAGAGCUGAAUUAGCAGAAAAGUGGAAAACAGAACGAGAGGCCCGAUUGGCAAGAGGAGAGAAAGAGGAGGAGGAGGAAGAAGAGGAAGAGAUUAACAUCUAUGCUGUCACUGAGGAGGAGUCGGAUGAAGAAAGCAGUCAGGAGAAAGGAGGGGAAGACGGGCAGCAGAAGUUCAUCGCUCAUGUCCCAGUGCCCUCACAGCAGGAGAUUGAGGAGGCGCUUGUGCGGAGGAAGAAGAUGGAGCUCCUCAGGAAGUACGCGAGUGAGACGCUGCAGGCCCAGAGUGAGGAGGCGAAGAAGCUCAUGGGGUACUAGGACUGACCUGGACCCUGCAAGCAGAUUUCCAGGGUCUGGAAAUCCACAGAGCCUCACUGGCCCACAGUCAACCCCACACUGCAGACAGAGGCUGCUGCUACAGGGCGAAUGCCCCUCGUCCCACCAUUUUCCCUGCUCUUGCUGUUUCUCACCUCUUGAGAGGAGCACUGCCUGUGACUCCCUGGAAGGCUGUCUACAUGUUAAACACUUCAGCAGUUGCUUUUGUACAGAUAUUUUGCUGUUGUGCGGGUCGACUUCCUUUUAUCUGAGCAUGCUGGCAGCUGCUGUCUCUCUGCCUGUGUUUUAUUUAACUUCCUACUGUGAUUUGGUGUAAGGGUGAUCAAUUUGAUACUGUCAUUUCUUAAAAAUGCAGUUUUCCUAAAAAAAAAAAAAAAAAGUAUUUGUAAUUCCUCUUGAAAAAUGAGCUGUGUCAGCCCUGAGCUGCAUCUUUGUGUCAGCAGCCAACCAGAGCUGUCCCUCUGGGGACCAGGUACCAAGGUCCCUGCUCAGUCUGUCUCACUGCUUCCUGCCCAGGGGGCAGGAUUUUUAACUUGGCCAUUUCUGUUUUCUGUGACUGGUUCUGUAGAUCUAUUUUUAUUAAAGAUUUUUAUAGAAAAAGAAUA